CUCUCCACUACGCCUCUCCUCAUUGGCUGUCGACCGUCGCGGACAUUGGUUGUCAACGGCUCUCCGCGAGGAGAGAACCCGAGAAGGGAGGGGGGAGGAACGGACCCCCUCCGUUCUAACGGGCCUGAUUGGGCGGCCGGGGUUCCAAAGGGGUGUGGUUGGCUUUGGCCGAGGAUUAUAAAAGCAUUUGCUGGGCACCAGCCACCCUCAUUAAAGUGAGGGUGGCAGCAAAUGAGUUGGUAACAGUCGGGGGGGGAGAAGGGGGGACAUUUAGUUUCCCCCCAGAGAUACAUGAGAAAGGUGGAACUUAUUGAAUCCUAGUGUCUAGCGUUUUCUCAAUAGUGAUAGGGGCCGUCUGACCCCCCCCCCCCGCAAUCUAGAGCCCAGGGUGAUAGGUUGGAAUAGGUGCAUAAUCAGAAGUGAUUUAAGUAUAGGUUAAGGCGUGUAUGUGAGCCCUCUGAAGGUAAGGGUUAGGUUGUACUACUCUACAAUCCUCUGCGCAGACCAAACACGAUGAAUUCCAAUGUAGAAAAUUUGCCUCCCCACGUGAUCCGGCUGGUCUACAAGGAAGUCUCCACUCUGACCUCAGACCCACCUGAAGGCAUUAAAGUAUUCCCCAAUGAGGAGGACAUCACAGAUGUGCAGGUCACCAUUGAGGGACCUGAGGGUACCCCAUACUCUGGUGGCCUCUUCCGCAUGAAGUUGAUCCUUGGCAAAGACUUUCCAGCCAGCCCACCAAAAGGCUACUUCCUGACCAAAAUCUUCCAUCCCAACGUGGGCGCCAAUGGCGAGAUCUGCGUCAACGUCCUCAAGAAGGACUGGAAAGCAGAACUGGGCAUCCGGCAUGUCCUGCUGACGAUCAAGUGUUUGCUCAUCCACCCCAAUCCGGAAUCGGCCCUGAAUGAGGAAGCAGGGCGCCUCUUGCUGGAGAACUAUGAAGAAUAUGCCUCACGGGCCCGCCUCCUGACAGAGAUCCAUGCCCAGCCUUCGUCUGGCCUGCGCACCAAGGACCCCGCUGAGCCUUGUUCCUCUUCGGCCGGUGCCUCUGGGGAAGGCCCCAUGGCUAAGAAACAUGCAGGCGACAGGGACAAGAAACUGGCCUCCAAGAAGAAGAUCGACAAGAAACGAGCCCUCCGGCGGCUUUAGGGGGCAGGGGGGUGGGGUUGGGUAUGGGGUGGGUGGGUGGGCGGGCACUGGGGUUCCACAGUACAUUCUCCAUUUCUCCUCUCUCUUCCUUUCCCACCUUCACUUUGAGACUGCAGUCCAACUCUGUCUCACCUUUGUCAGAUUUUUCUUCUUUUCAGUCUUUAAGUUAUUUAAAUUAUAAAAGCAGAAAAAUCUAUUAAAUGCCUUUUUUUUCUAAGGAAUGCUCUUAAUGUUUGGUUGUGCCAUCAUAUAAAUUUGUGGUGGGGGCCGCAUUGAGAAUACUGCACCCAUAUCUUUAAAAAGGAUGUUUAAAAAGCUGCAAAAGAUACAGAAUUCAGAUUAGAAACAGGGAGCAUCUUCCCUUUUAAAGUAGGAUUUAAGGAGCUUGCUAUGUGUUGGUUUAAGGGGAAAAGAUGCAGACUUGACAGAGGUAUAUAAAAUUGUGAACUGUAUGAGGCAGGUUAAGGGAAAGAUGGAUUCUUUAUUGUUGGAAUUCAGGAUUACUUGGUGCAAUUGGUUGAUAACAAAAAGUUUCUUUAUGUGACACGUAAUUAAGGAAUUCAUUACCACAAAUUGUGCUUAUGGCCAUUAGCUUGGAUGGUUUUUAAAGGGGGCUAGGCAAAUGAGUAGAGACAGGGCCUAUCUGUGUGUGUUAGCCAUGCUAGCUAAAUGUAACCUCCAAGUUGAGAGGCAGCAUACCUGUUUACCAGAUGCUGAGGCAAAUGGUGGCGUGGCCAUCAGCCUGUGGCCUUUCCUGAGAAUAUCUGGUUGGCUGCUUUUCAGGACUUUAGUGUGAUGCAGCGAGGCAGUUCUUCAGGCAGUUCAGCAGAACAAACUGACCUCUGUUUGUGUCCAGAAGAAUUCACACAUUCAAAAUGCUGGCAUCUGUCACCACUGCAGUAGUUUACAACUGUUCCCCCUGCCACCUCCCAGUGUAGCCUGUCUUCUUGAUGUGGGACAGAGCAAAGAUCUGGUGGGACUUGUUAGGAGAUGAGGGAUGAACUAGCAGUUUUGCACAUUGUGAGCAUUAGCUUAUGCUAACUUACAGAAUUUAACAUAGUGUAUUUCCUUUCCCUCCAUCAGUGCCCAAGUGUGUGCAUUCUAUGUAAUAAAAAUUAGAGGCAGUUUAGGAUGGUAGUAGUGAGGCUGGCCUUGUCCAGUCUUCUAGCUUCCCUGCACCCCCAGCAGUACACAAAAUGCCAGCUGUAGCCCACAAGGUUUUUUUAAAGGACCUGGUGGCACAGACUGUACCUGGCAUGUUACAUGCAACCCAGGGACUGUUUGGUUGACAGGCCUUUUGUUUAGUGUAUUCGCUAAUGUGCAUACAUUCUCUCAUGGGCUGUGCCAUGUUUGUGUGUGCUUUUUUGUGCACACAGAACUGUAAUUACAACUGUCACUGUAGGGCUAGGGGAGGAGAGAUCUGGCUUUUUUUCCCUUUGUAGUUUUCCUCUGUAACUUACCUUUACUGUUUUAUUAUAUGGUUUUUAGUGAUGCUUAUAUGAAAUAUUUUUAUGUAAAACAUUUUGAGGUUCACCUGAAAAGCAGUAUUAUAAAUAUUUUAAAUAUUUUUAAAUAUACCGCUUUUCUAAAAGAAA